CGCGAGCUGGAGCAAUUGUCGGGAACGCGCCCCGGGCAGCAGUGCACGGGCACGCGCACUGCUGAUCUCCAGUGGGUGCCUGAAUCUGCUCGGGGUGGUCCAGGGCGCGCACCACCGGGCGGCUGUAGGAGACUCAGCGGGAGCCGGGCCGCCCCGCCUGUGUCCCCGGCACCAUGUCCUUCAAGAGGGAGAUGCCACUUGCAAAUGCUGUGUUCUGGACCGCACGCAGAGGAAACGCUACCCUCUUGAGGAUACUUCUAAACAGUGGUCGGAUGGAUGUAGACUGCAGAGACAGUGUUGGGACAACUGCUCUGAUGGUGGCUUCACACUACAAUCAUAUGGAUUGUGUUCGGGAGCUGAUCUUACAAGGAGCGGGCAUUAACACCCAGAGAGAGUCAGGUUCUACUGCUCUUUACUUUGCUGCUCAACAAGGGAACGAUGAGAUUGUGAAAUUCCUGUUGGAGUAUGGGGCCUCCACAGAGCUAUCAACCAAAAAUAGAGCCACUCCACUGUCGAUCGCAAGUCAGUGCGGACACCUCAAAGUGGUGGAGACUUUGCUAAACAGGAGAUGCAACGUUAACAUCCAGCUGCAGGACGGAGCAUCAUCGCUCUUUCUGGCCGCACAAGGCGGGCACCUUAAAGUGGUUCAACAGCUCCUGUCAGCGGACGCAAAGAUUGACCAACCAAGACAGGAUCUAACCACACCAUUGUGGAUAGCGGCACAAAUGGGAUACAUUGAUAUCGUUAAGCUGCUGCUCCAACAUGGAGCGAGUUCAGAUACUUCUCGCAAGGACGGCUCUACACCUUUAUUCAAAGCUGCAUACAAAGGGUUUACAGAAGUUGUCCGGGAGUUACUGAUGUUUUCUCCCUCACUGGGAAUUCUAAAGAAUGGAAUGACGGCUCUCCACGCUGCGGUGUUAGGAGGGAGUGCAAGAACAGUGACUCUUCUCAUUGAAUCUGGAGCAGAUCCAAGUCUAAGGAACACGGAAAAAGAGUUACCGUCAGAUCUCACGAGGAAUGACCGGUUGGUCAAGUGUCUUCAGUCAAGACGAGGUGCAGAAAGUUGAUGAUGUGAAAAAGAUGUCUGACAAACCUUUCAGAGCACAGUGAGAACUGCAAUUCUUUGCUUUUGGCUGGGGAGAGAUGUGACGAGUGAUUAUAAAGAUGUCAUUAAUAAAAUUAACAAGCCAUAUUUGGGGUUAUCAUGCAUCUGUUGUUUGUAUUAAUUUUAAUUAAAAAUAAUUUAAUGUCAUUUUAA